AUGGCGAAGGAAUAUUUGGUGUUUUUGGCUCAGCAACAUCCUACUUUCAGAGUCCCAGAACUUGAGUCUUUAGGUGAUAUACAUGGUAUAAAAGUUGAUUUUUCAGGUCAUGAUGAAAAUACACCAUUCAUGAUUAUCACUUUAGAUAAUGAUCAAGAUGCAAAGAAUUUGAUUUCAAGAGCCGUGUUGGCUAAAGGAAUUUAUGAAUUAUGGGGUAUUGGUGAUACAGAGGAAGAGUUACAUGAAGAUGUUAAGAGAAGAUCAUCUGAUAAAUUUGAACUGUAUAAAGAAUGUUCAUUUAAAUUUGAUGUGAUUGGGUAUAUGGGUAAAAGAAACAAUUCAGAAAAGAUCAAACUGAUUGAGAGUUUCAAAUAUGUUGAAUUUGAAGGCCCUAUAAGGAUGAAGAAUCCAGAUGAAACAUUCACAGUGCUCGAACAUUAUGUCCCACCAACUGAAAAUGAUUCUGCAGUUAUCCCAACAAAGUUAUAUUUUGGUAGACAAAUUGAACUUAGUGCAAGAGAAAGAGGUAUUUUGGAUAAAUAUGAUUUGAGAAAAAGAAGAUACAUUGGUACUACGACUUUUGAGGCUGAAUUGGCUUUAGUUUCAUGUAAUUUAGGACAAGUUGAUACAGGUAAGAUCAUGUAUGAUCCAUUUGUUGGAACUGGCUCUUUUCUAGUCGCAGGUGCAAACUAUGGUGCAUUAACAGUUGGUUCAGAUAUUGAUGGUAGAUUAAUCAAAGGAAAGGGAAACAAUACAAUCAGAGCAAACUUUAAACAGUAUAACACAUCAUCAUUAUUCAUGGAUGUUUUAACUAUGGAUUUCACACAUAAUGCAUUCAGAUCAAACAUGAAAAUAGAUACAAUAGUGUGUGAUCCACCAUAUGGGGUUAGAGAAGGGUUAAAAGUUCUUGGUGCUAAAAAUCCUGAUAGAUUUGCAGGGAAAGAGGAGGUUGAAAUUGAUGGUAAAAAGGCAUUUUUAAGAAAAGAUUAUAUACCCACAAAGAAACCAUAUGAAUUAGAUGCACUACUUUGUGACUUGUUACAGUUUGGAGUCGAUAGGCUUCCAAUUGGUGGAAGAUUAUGUUUCUGGAUGCCAACAGCUAAUGAUGAAUACGUUCCAACAAUUAUACCAAAGCAUAGAAAUCUAGAAUUAAAGUACCACCUAGUACAAGAGUUCAACAAAUGGUCCAGAAGACUGUUAGUCUACAUCAAUAGAGGUGACGAUUAUAAUGGUGAAGAUAAUAUGGGUGCAACUUCAAUCCCAGAAUUUAGAAAAAAAUACUUUACAACUCCAAGUAGGGAGCAAAAGAAUCAAAAAUCAUAG